CCACCAGUUCACCACCACCGAGCACUGCCACCGUAACAUCAUCCAUCCUCUACCCCGGAGAGUUCUCAGAUCGGAUCGGGCUCGCCGGAGAUCGAUGAUGCAUCACGCCGCGGGUCUCGACCUGGGCCUCGGCCUCGGGCUCGGGCUCGCCUCCCAGGGCAGCCUCACGUCCUCCACCACCACCGCAUCCUCCUCCCCGGCCUCGCAGGCGCACGCGCAGCACUGGACCGCCGCUUUCAGCUCCGUCGUCGGCGCGCAGGAGUACGAGCGGCAGCAGCUGCUGCAUAGGAAGGAGGAGCCGGGGAUGAGGCCGUCCACGUCGCCCGAGAGCGGCGUCAGCGCCGGGACCAAGAGGGGCCUGGAGCGCACCGGCUCCGGCGUCUCCCCCGCCACGGGCAGCGACGAGGACGACGACGGCGCCGGCGGCCGCAAGAAGCUCAGGCUCUCCAAGGACCAGGCCGCCGUCCUCGAGGAGUGCUUCAAGAUGCACAGCACGCUCAACCCCAAGCAGAAGACGGCGCUGGCGAACCGGCUGGGGCUGCGGCCGCGGCAGGUGGAGGUGUGGUUCCAGAACCGCCGCGCGCGCACCAAACUCAAGCAGACGGAGGUGGACUGCGAGUACAUGAAGCGCUGGUGCGAGCAGCUCGCCGAGCAGAACCGCCGCCUCGAGAAGGAGGUGGCCGAGCUCAGGGCGCUCAAGGCCGCACCGCCGGCGCAUAACGGCGCCGCGGCGGGGCCCCUCACCACCCUCACCAUGUGCCUCUCCUGCAAGCGCGUCGCAUCCACGUCCUCCGCCUCGGCCUGCAACGUGCCCAGCUUUUCCGCCAAUGCCGGCAUCGGCAUGCCAAUGCCAUCCCUCGAAGAACGGCCGUUCUUGUGUGGGUUCAGAGACACCGGAGUGACGUACGGCGGCUCUUCGGGGCUCGCGAAGGUGGUCAAGCCGGCCAGAUAGAAGGAGCUAUCUCUGUGACGCCGCCAUGAUCAGCAUGCCAAGCAAGCUAACAGAAAUGGCGCCAUUGUCACAACUCACAAACUUAAGCAAGUUUAGCAAAAAGUUUAAUCCUUCGUUUUCUCCGUCUCAGAGGGAAAUAUAAAUUAACUAAUUCUAACAAUUUAGGGCUGAAUUGAUCGAUGGGUUCCGGGCUUCUGGCGGGGAUGAAUGUAUGCAUGUGAAAACAAUGGAGGACCCAGCAACAAAAUGAAGGGUGUGCACACUACAAAAAACUCAUAUAAAUUUAACUAAGCAAUAGUUUAAGUGAUCAUCACUCAUAGUAGUUCUCAACUUAUUUUUCACUAGUUCAUUAACGAAAAUACUCUUUCAACACUCCUCGUCACCACCGUUAAGAUAAAUACCAACUUGACAAGCAGUAUGACAUCAAUUGUAUAUAAGAUAUAUGACUCUUUCAACAAUAUGACAUCAAUUGUAUAUAAGCAAUGUGCAAUGUCAUCAAUUCUGUAUAAGACAUGAAGCAAUUCCACAAUUCAAUGA